GGUGGGGGCUCGUCACGUGACCAGUCUCUCUCCCCGCGUUCUCAUCAUCAUCGUCGUCGCCGUCAUUCUCCGUCUCCUCGCCAUGGCGGACCCGGGCAAGACGGGCACGGGCAUGUUCAGCAAGCACGCCAAGAAGCGGAUCACGCGCGCGCAGGAGAAGGUUCUACAAAAGCUGGGUAAAGCUGAUGAAACAGUGGACCAGCAGUUUGAAGAACAAGUUCAGAAAUUCAACAAACAGUAUAAUGAAGGGAGUCAGCUGCAAAAGGAACUACGGGGCUACCUCGAUGCUGUAAAAGAAAUGCACGAAUCGUCUAAGAAAAUGAACGAAGCUCUCCUCGAUAUGUACGAGCCUGAUUGGUAUGGAAAAGAAGAUGUCAAAGACAUUUCACAGAACGGCGAUGAGCUCUGGGGUGACUUCCACGAGAAGCUGGUAGACAAUUCUCUACUGACCCUUGACACGUACCUCGGCCAGUUCCCCGAUAUCAAGUCUCGCAUUGCCAAACGUGGGCGCAAGCUGGUUGAUUUUGACAGCGCAAGGCACCAUCUGGAGUCACUACAGAACGCAAAGAAGAGGGACGAUAUCAAAGUGGCCAAGCCGGUGUUGCUGCUUGAAAAAGCUGCACCUCAGUGGUGCCAGGGAAAGAUCCAGGCCCAUAUCAUUGCCCAGACAAACCUUCUCAAGAACCAGGCAGAAGAGGACUACGUGAAAGCACAGAAGGUGUUUGAGGAGAUCAACGUUGACCUGCACGAGGAGCUACCUGUAAUUUUGGACAGCCGAGUUGGAUUUUACGUGAGCACCUUCAAGAACAUCGCCGGCCUGGAGGAAAACUUUCACAAGGAGAUUGGGCAGCUGAGCCAUGAGAUGGAAGAGGUGAUGAUAAAGUUGGGCGACCAGCACUCCGUCAAGUCUUCCGACAUACAGAGCGCUCGCAGUGAGCCAUCUCCAAGCAUCGUGGAGCCACACGGGAACGACUCCACCUCGCUGGUGUCCGACGAUGCGGGACUGAGACCCGAUCACACUGCGUCCCCGCUGAAGUCGCCUAUGCAGGGGCGUAAGGGCCCCCCAUUGCCCCCACCCCCGAGGCCCACGCCCAGCAAGGAGAUGACGCAGGAGGCCAUUGUGAACCUUUUCGAUGACAACUUCAUGGCCUCUGCUGCCCCCACUAAUGCAACGCUGGGAGUUCCGUUAACCAAGAGUGAAGAUACCGGAAGCUUGCUGGAUCUCGACUUUGAUCAUUUUACAGCCACAGAUUCAACCACUGUAGCCAUGGCUCCUUCCAUGAAUCAGACAUUGUUGGAUUUGAGUUGGGAGCAGCCUGUGGAGAAGAGUGCCACUGAGGUCCAUGCCCCCGAGGUCCCUGCACAGAGCCCUCCAGCCGCGAGCCUCACAGGUGCCGUCCAGAGCAGCGACGUGCCCCCAGGCAUUCUGUACAAGGUGCAGGCCCAGCACAACUACACGGCUCUGGAUUCGGACGAAUUGGGCCUCCAGCAUGGAGACGUGGUGUUCGUACUGCCCCCCGACAGUGCUGACGAGCAGGAUUCCGGCUGGCUUCUGGGCAUCAAGGAAGCUGACUGGAUCACUCACAGAGAUCUGGAUGAACACAAGGGUGUGUUUCCAGAAAACUUCACCGUGCGCAUAGACUAAGCGCCACCCCGAGAGACUCCGCCCACUUAGUAAUAAUGUGCUGCCUCGGCAAAUUGCGAGUAUUAAAGAUGCGAAAGUAAACUAGGCAGUCAUCUGUUUAAACCCUUAAAUGCAAGGGCGUUUAACUGGUUGAACAGUUUUCCUUCCGUAUCAAUGAGUUGCCAGCGGUGUUUCAGACUGAUUUGAAAUGUACUCGCUGGAAACAAGUCUGUGGUUUGCUUUGAUUGAACAAAAUGCGACGAGAUACAUUGAUUUGGGUGGUCUGUUGAUCGAUCAUUUGAAUGUUAUUUCAUUUUGACAACUAACCAGUUGUCUUUGCCUGUUGAUGUAUUAAUUAAACAAUUAUCUUAUUGAAAGAAAAUAGUCUCAUGGCAGCUUACCACAGUUGGUUAAAUCCUUUUUACCGACUAAUUAGCAUGCAGUGUUUAAAAACACAUGUCACUCGCUUGUGACAUCUGUCAAACCAGAGGCGUGUACCAACUUACCACCCGGCGAUUCGAUAUUUUGUUCCGAUUUGGGAGUCGCAAUUCGAUUGAAGAAUGUACUUCCUUGUUUGUACCUUCUCGUUCGUUAUCCUGUGUAUGUUCGAUCUUGUUCGUUCAAUGAGCCUAAAGUUCAUUCGCAUACAAUUUAAGCAUCUUAUGGGGCCAUCCAUUUAGUACGUGUGCAAUGAGGGGGGAGGGGGCGUUAACCCAAAUGUGUACGCUUGCGUAUGGGGUGGUCUACUGACAGUGUACGUCGUACGCUUAGGAAACGGGAGGGGAGGGGGGUGAAGCCUCGAUAAUUUGUCUACAUUGGUCUUCAAAUGAGGAAGAGGGGUCAAGUUUUCACAAAUUUUUGCGUAUGUACUAAAUGGAUGGCCCCUAUUUUAGUAGAUUAACCGUUGUCUGCUUAAUAUAAAAGGCCACUUGGCUUUGUUUUGUCCCUUCGUUGUUUAACUCGCACCACUUAGAGCAGUAUGAGUUACUGUUUGAUUGACAUUUCUAUUAGCAUUGUGUGACUCGUUAAUUUAUCUGAAUCACACAGACGAUCAGUAAUAAACAUCCAUUUGAUUUGUGAUAAAACCUACUGUCAUUUGAGGAGAGUUGUGAUCGAGCAACUUGGUAGAUUAAAAACAACACUAUAUAACCACCGUUAACACCAUUCAUGAAAUCUCAAGAAUAAGAAUUAGAAGUCUGCCUUCUCAGACGAGCAAUGUGGCAGUGCUCGCCUCCACUGCCAGUCCUAAGCCAGUUGUGGAAAUUCCGUAUACCUUUGGUGGAGGCCAUUAUCUCAAUAAAACAAGCAUUGUUGACCUGGCAGCUGUCCUCAUUUUCGCGACCCUGAAAGAAUGCUUGGCCCGAAUUUAAUUUGCAAUCUUCAAAUUCUGAGCGAGGCGUUCCAACCACAGCGCCACCUUGCCAGAUAGCAAUGAGAAUAGGGCUGGUGCAUCCCCUCCAUUUAGCUGUUGAACUAACACUAGCGAGGCACCGAUUAUAGGCUCCCAGCCUUUGGGGUGGCCUUGCAUCAUUGUGACUUCUGUAACUUUGUAGCUCUCAGAUGCGCUUACCGGUUGUACCGCUAGUUGUUCGGAACUAAUGUCCGACGUUUCAUUCCACAUGCUGAGAACUUCUCCGGGAACUGAAUUGAGCUGGUAGAAGGACCCUCCCAGCAUGUGGAGUGAAACGUCGGACGCCAAACCAAAAUGUCACGCUGCCGGAAAAUGCGCGUCACAAUCCGAAAACAGGUCGGAGAGCCACGCAGCACAACCGUGAACACCUUCGCUCGUGAGCAUAAUUGGCCAUUUGAAAAUGUUUGUACUUGAAAAUAGCUACUGUGUGGUAAACCAAAAAACCCAGCACAUUCGUUAAUAACAGUGGCCUUAAAAGAAAAAUAUGUAAUACGUGAUGUUUCAGACAAUGGCCCUUCUUCAAAACACGUCGCCUAUUAUGUUUUUUUUCUUUUAAGGCCACUGUGUGAUUGAUGAACGAGUUGAGUUUUUUUUGUUAAUUGUCCUUGUGCACCACUGCCAAAGACUGCAUCACCACAUAAUUUGUGUAUCUGUUUAAUAAGAUCAACUCGCAUUGUUUGGUAAUGAUUGAUUCCAGGACGACAGCAGGCCACCCCAUGCUUUACCUUGUAACUGUGAACGUGGAAAUAUGGCUAAUACUAACUAACGUCCCAUGUGCAAAUUGUUUUAGAAGCUUCGCUUUUAAAUUGACAAAUACAAGAUGCAAUCGUGUUCUUACCUAAUGCGUGUGGCUUAGACUUGUGUUCUUAUCUGGACGUGAAACAACAAUGUAACUUAAUUUGUAACUGCGCUUAUCUCGACACUGCUAAUGUUAUCGCAAUGGCUUCUGAUUUUGACACCACAGUUCCGUAACUUCAUGUGGGAAAUGUCAGCAUACCUUGAAUGUAACCUGUUAAUGUGUUGUCAUUGAUGAAUCCACUUGAUGUUGGUGGAAAUGGGCUAAAAAGCAGACACCAGCCUCAUGGUCCUACGUUUACUCAAACUAGAUACAUUUUCCUUGGGUUCACCGCUCUAAUGAGUAACCAAUGCUGCUCCAUUGGGGUUGUCAACACUGGAUUAACUAGUAAUACAUUAGCUCCUCCAGUUGUUUUUGUCGAUUUAAAGCAGAGGUUGCACAUUGUGGUUUCAAUUGCAAAUUGUGCAUGCCAAUGAUGAGGAUUGUCGAAGGCAAAUUAUUUGGAUGGGGUGUUGUUGUCAGUGAGAAAGUGAAGGCUUGCUGAAGGGAUUAUGUUGGGGAGUAAAUGCUAAGCGGUAGAGAAAUGUAUAAAUGUAAAGCGCCGCUUGACGAAUUGAAGAUGGGGGUCCGUUAUGCCAAAACCUGCCGCCGUACGUAGCCAACCGUGCUAAUUGGAGGUGCGGGGGAAGGACAACAAACUUCAACACAAAACAGUGACGAGGACAUCGCAAGAUCGGAGAAGAC